GCCUGCGCCUGCGCACUGCGGAGCGCUGUCCACGCGUGUGUCCGCCAUGUCGCCGCGGAACGGUCGCCGCACCGGAGCGCAUCGGGCGCAUUCGCUGGCCCGGCAGUUGAAAACCAAACGGCGCCGCCGAGACCUGGACGAGAUCCACAAGGAUCUGCAGCCUGAGAACGCCGCCCGGCUGCUGCGGCAGGAGCUUGACCCCGACCUGCCGGGCUGUGCCCAGUUCUACUGCCUGCAUUGCGCGCGCUACUUCGUGGACCUGACCAGCAUGAAGGAGCAUUUCAGGUCCAAGGUGCACAAGAAGAGGCUGAAGCAGCUGCGAGAGGCACCGUACACGCAGGAGGAGGCAGAGCGUGCCGCCGGGAUGGGCUCCUACAUCCCCCCGAAGAAGGUGGAAGUGCAGACCCAGCCCCUCGAGGAAGUCAUCGAGAUGGAGGCGUCCAGCUGAGCGUGGACUUGCGGGGCCGGGCGGCUCCGUAACGGCGUUUUUGUCCUCAACUUUGCGAGAAAAACACGCCCCGGCGCAGCCUGCCAGCAAGCGAACGCACCGCUCCUCCGGGCAGCCCUCCUCGCCAGAGCGCUAACGAGGAGUGCUAAUGAGGAGAAGGAGCCAGCGAGACCCCGGGUGCCCUCGCUGUGUGUCCCCCUUCUCGGGGAAGGGACGAGCCGCUUGUUCCCUUAGCGCUGGCGUGACUGUACGCUCAUCUUUCUGCUUUUUGAGCAGUUUUAGGCCUCUCGCCUUGGGUCAGAGGUUGAGCCUGGUGAGUCGCCCAUUAAAAUAUGUCACCCAACAGG